AUGGAAAGACCUGACCCAAAUAUAUGGUGCUUCGAAGGCAUAUUAUUGGAACCAGGGAUGCGAUUACGUAUGUGUCCCCAAACGCCGCAUUGGGUUGUAACUGUCAAGCCGUCGAUUUGCAGGGGAGGACAUUUCUAUUGUUUCUCUACUCUAGGGGAGACUGUUAUUGGUUUAUACCGCACUUGGGCUUUAGGGGGCGUAAUAACUAACACAAACCAUGAUCCCUCCCGGUUACUGUUAAUCCGUAUAAUGUACCUCUGGCACCGACACUUUGUUCUCGAAGAAAAGGUCACGGGCUAUCUAUCCAAUCAUAUACCAAACCUCGAAUGCUUUGAUGACAUUUUGGUGGUUUUCACCUUAGCCAUUGCAAUGGAGCUGCUCAAUGUCGUUGAUUAUCAGACCUACCGUGUCGAAACAAACCUCAGUGAUCACAAUUCUGAAUUGCAGGCUGAACCCGGGCUUCCGUCUCUUCUACUCUUGCAGUAUGUCGAUGCACGUGCAAAAAGCCCUCAAUUGCUCCACUUCUUCUUCUCUAACUUCGAAUUCAUUGAUGACUCUGACGUUGCUAUCGAUGGACCCAAAGAAAUUUACUAUCCAUUUUUCGCGCAACACGCUGCUGCUUUGUUCAGUAUGAAAAAAAAAGGAUAUAACCAAGGGAUCCGAGGAGCUAGGGACUGUACUAUGCUCAAAUUCGACCACGAACUACAAUUGGCUAUCGCUGGAUCAACCUACUUCAAAGAAGCUAUGGUUCAAUUGAAGCAGGAACCUGAUACCUUCGAGUGGAGUGAUGGGAAAUAUACAAUUCGUCGUCUUUCGACUCCAAUUCCGUGCUCUGCCGACUGGUGGCUACCACUUUUAUCUAUAACCUAG